AUGGCUGCUGGCCCAAGACAGGAGCAAAUGAGGGUUGGGACGACGACGAAAACAAACUCAACGGCGAACCCAGCCACAGCGACGCUUCUUCGAUUUCCCGGAUCCAGUCCCCCGUGGCUUAUUGCUGUAACCUCAGCAGUGCUUUUGUUAGUUGCAUUCAGCAUUGUUUUUCUAGUACGCAGACGACGGAGGUUGGGUAUGGUUCGUAACAACCGGGCAUUCGGCAUCCGACGGGGUAUGAGUACUGCUGGUCCCAGAGAUGACGAAGAGGAGGAGGAAGACUUACUGAUUAGUUCGCUUUAUUCAUAA